GAUACCUGACUUUAGAAACACUAAAUUCCAUUGAAGUACAUCUAUAAUCCUCUUCCUCUGUUCGCUUUCCAUCUCUCGGAAUGCCAAAUAUCGAGAACACUCCAUCACUCGUGCAUUUAAGAGCAAUGUCUGGUUACAAAAUUGUUGUUGCGGCCUUGUUUGGGGCCGCAAUCUGGCUCAUUCGACUCCUCAUUAGAGAGAGAUCUCCAAAGCUGGACUUUCCCGUGAUGGGUUCUGCGAGCGAUAGCGAGUUCUCGCAGGCCGUUCUGAAAGGAUUUGAAAAGGCAAAUUCUCCUUUCAUUAUCCCUGCCAACCCACAACUUGUUAUCCUGCCCAUGUCAAUGUAUAUGGAAUCGAAAGCACAUCCUGCGGCAGACGUGAGCGCGGAGACGAAUGAACGCUUCAUGGGCCACUGGACCCGCGUCCAAAAUACGGAAAUUUACUCUGCCAUCCGUCAAGAUCUUUCAAAGAAUCUCAACAUUGUUCUGCCACUUAUUCAGGAUGAGACCAAGUAUGCCUUCAAAGAGUUGAACAUACAGUCAGAAUGGACUUCAGUCAACAUAAACUCGGCCAUGUUGCGGAUGAUCGCACUGAUCAGCGGACGGGUGUUUGUAGGAAGCCCGCUCAGCAGGAGCGAAGAAUGGCUUGAUGCAUCCAUAAACUACACAAGGGCCCUUUCAAAAGUUCAAGAUGACUAUUUGGGUCUGGGUCCAGUAUUGUCUAAUAUUGCGGCACCGUUCCUGAGCUCUUAUAUCCCAGACGCCCACAAAACCGCCACUAGAGUUGGUGAGGAUCAAAUGAUUGUAUCAGCUGCAAUGGCUAUACUCGAUCUUGCGUCUCGUCCUCAGUACAUCGGGGAGCUCCGUGAAGAGGUUGAAACUGUAGUUGCAGAAGAAGGCGAGCAGAAUGAAGACGGCAACAUUUAUCUUGGGAAGGCAGCUUUCGCAAAGAUGAAGAAGCUUGACAGCUUCAUCAAGGAGAGUCAACGUUUCAACAGCCUUGCAUUCGUGACACCCGCCUACAAACUGUUGAGCAACGCCACUUUCUCAAACGGAAUCAAGCUGCCAAAGGGCACGCGUAUAACAUUCCCUCAUCAGGGACUUGCCUCCGAAAACAACUUGGAAGCUGGUAAUGCUGGGCCAGAUGUUUUUGAUGGGUUCAGAUACGCGAGGCUGAGAGAGCUCCCUGGACUUGAAUCGAAGCAUCAAGCGGCCUCGACUGGUUUGAAUCAAAUCCAGAUGUGCCCACGAUCCAAGGACAAUCUCACAUUCGGACAUGGUCCACACGCCUGCCCUGGGCGCUUUUUUGCCAUUUACGAAGUGAAGAACUUGCUUGUUGAGUUGUUGCUUCAUUUUGACUUUAGGCUUGCCGGCACAGGAGAUGAUCGUGGCCAGGAGGCGAUUCGCCCUGCAAAUGUUGCGCACAAAAUCUCUAAUAUGCCCAACCCCGGUGCGAUUCUUGAAGUCAGAGUUCGUAGGGCAUGA